GAGGUGUUUCAGGGCGAGUCCAACGGAAUUGCUUUCGGAAUCGAAUCACGAAAAAUUGUUUCUCUUUUUAUGCUCAGUAUCGGUACACCGUUGGUUUAGUAUUGUGGCGAUCUUUACUUGCGAUCGAUGCGCGCGCGCGCACACACACGCUCUCUCACACGUUUUUGCGCCUUCCGCUCCAUCGUACCACCGUGGCGCGGUACACGCACGCAUCUACUUACACACACACACACACACAUACACAAACACACAUACGGUACGAUGCGCACGCCGGAGAAUCCGCAACAACGUCAACAAAAAUACCUAUAGAAGGUUAAUAUAGUAACGGAUAGUGGUGAGCAAGAAGAAGAAGAAGAAGAAACGCACAUACAUACAUACACACAUACACAUACAUACAUGCACUCGAUUUACUCCGUUCGAUCGCGACCGCCGACUUUGCGCCCGUUUACGCGCGCCCGUCCGUCACUCUUCUUCGCGCAACGCAAGUGAACGUGUCUCGCACGCGGGUUUGUUUUGUUGUGCUGUUUUUUUUGUUGUUGUUCACUCCGCCUCAACCGUCCGGUGGUGUUUAUUGCGAGGCAAACUGGCAAACGAAUUGUGGUCCAGGUCGUUCGGUUCAGUUAGGAAACGCUGAUCGCGAGACAUUUUCGGUACGUAAAGAUUUGCUGAACGUGUCGUUUCGGUGUGUAGCCGGGGGUUAAUUGUUGAUGUUUGCUUUUUCUACGAUCAUGAUUCCCCGUUUCUAAUUCUCCUCGAUCUCUAGUGUUUUGGGUGGUGAAUUGUGCCGUUCCGCCUAGCAGUGCCAGUGCCAGCUGUGGUCAAAUGGUGUUUAAAGUUCGCUCCAAAUGUAAUCAAACGGCCGGUCCGUUGGGUAGUGUUGCUCAUUUGCCCAAUAUAUCCACAACGAGUGUAGUGUAGUGUCCCGACAAAAGUGAUCGCGAAAUAAUUGAAAUCUCAUUCACAUCGUCACACGGCAACGAGUUGCAACUGGUGUGGCGCAAAAAAAGAAAAAAAAGGCGCAUCUUCCGUGAUUUGAGCCAGUGAGCCGAUUCCGUAAGGCGCUGGAAAAAGUAAAUAACAGUGUCAACACAGUGGUGCACGGUUAGAGUCUCCAGGAGGGCAUGUGGAUAGGAAAAACAGGUUUUUCCUAACCUUCCCAUUCCUAAGCAUUGGGUGCCAUCCAACGCCAUCCCAACCUGCUGAGAAGAUUUGUCCCAAGUGAUGUGUGUCCGCGUGUGUGUGUGUGUGUCAUUGGCGAAUUGCUCAACGUAGACGUAGAGUCCCGGAUAAGGUUCCCGUGCUAGGGUUACCUAGUGUAGCGGUUUAACCCUCGUGGAGGAACGCGCAGUCAAGCCACACCAAAAACCCGGUGACCGUGAAAUCAUCCGUUCGCAAAAAAAGCUUUCCCAUCACCGUAACAGCACGUGCCCGAGCUCGUGGAUAAGCGUUCCGGAUGCCGAACGUUGCCGUCGGCGCAUCAACCACAGCAAGCAGGAUGGCCGGAAAAUGGUGUGAAAAAAGUCGAAACUAAUCGAGUGCCCUCUUUAUCACCCGGCGCAACCUGUGGCGACGUGUACGCGCGUGUGGCGGUGUGACGAUAGGCCGCUGCGGUGCGUAGAUAUCGCACGGAAAGGAAGCGUUGUUUGUACCAGCACGGCGAGUUCCUUUUUUUUUGCUUUGUUUGCUGCCGUUCGGUAGAAACAUCGCACUUAUCGCAUAUUACCCCCGAAGCAAACAAAACCGGCAAUGGAUGGGCGCAAAACGGGAACGAAAUGAAAAAUGUCUUCGCUGAGGAAAUCCGCAUCGUUCCGUUCGAGAAUUCCCGUACGUCGGACGCGCCUACCGCAUAGACGGUGUACCAGCCCGGACCAGUCCGUGGUCACGAUCGGGCACAGUCACGGUUCGGAAUCGUCCAUCGCUACUGGGCCUAACGACGCCGGGGCGGGAUUGUUUGGGAAAGUGGUUGGCCAGCAGCCAAAAGCUUGGUACGAUCGUAGCCACUGCUACUCGUCCUCGAGCUAUUCGAGCAGCGACGAAAGCUACGACUCGGAAGCGGCUCCAUUUCAGCAUCUCCUGAAUCAAUCAUCGGUUGCAACCAGUGCCGUCGGUCCGUACCAAACAAGGCAGCAACCGGAGCAGCAGCAGCAGCACCAUCCUGACCAUCCAUACCAGCGGGUACCGUUGGGCCAUCGACCACACGACGGCGAUCAGUACCAACAAUUUGACCAGCCAGAGUUCCUACCACACCAGCAGCUGCAAUCCUUUGCAACGUCCAGUUGUUUAAGCACCUCGACCGAUGCCAUGAGUCUCGACGGGCUGCUGGAUUGCGUCAGUACGGGAACCUUCUCCUGUCCACCAUCGCCGAAAUCGAAAUCAUAUUUGGAUAAUGGCGAUGGAGGUCAGCAGUCGGGCUUCUACGAGUCGCUGGAAGAGUUAAACUACGCACUCAAAACGCUCAUAAUAUCGGAUUCAUUUCAAGCGCAACGAAACAUCCGGAAUGCAGCCUCUGCUGCCGGUACUGCCGUUCCCGUACCAUCCGCCGAUGGGUUGGUUUCGCUCUCGGGAACCGUGGAAUGUACGGUCCCGUACAGUGCAUCGUUUGAAGAGGAACCACAGCAGGGACACCGGCAGGAUAGUGAUGUAAGGGUUGGUGAAAAUCUGAGUACACAGGAAUUCGGCGCACCCAACCAACAUCAUCAGAAUCGUCAUCACCGUCAACUUCAUGAGCAGCAGCAGCAGCAAAUGCUGCGGCCGGAGCAGGAACACGAAAUCGGUGUGGAAGAGGAUGAUGAUCUAAUUAAGCAGCGGAAACUAAGCGAUUGGUAUUACAUCAAGACGGCCCCUUCCAAGAAACCGUCGAGUCCAUUCGAGCGUCGUCGAGCCAAUGGAAGUCGGCUAUCGAAUGAUGCUGCAAGACGUAUGGGACGAAUUGCCCCGAUACUAGCGCCUCGGGCUUCAAAUCCGGACAUUGCCGGCGAUGAGCGUUUGCAGCUGAAAGCCACCGUUGAUAGUAAGCAUCCCGUGCAAGGAGCACUCUCCUCGGCCAAACCGUUCCAGGGUGAGGUGGGUGAUCGUAAAUAUCCCUCGUCCGUACCACGGCCCCGUCGUUUCCCACCCACGAUGGGAACAUCGGAUUCUCAACAGCAGGCUAGCUGGGAUCAGGAGUCCCGUUGGCAUCAUCCGCAUCCGGGUGCGGUCACCAAAUCGGCUUCUUCUUCCAGCGUUAAUCUUGGCCUUCGUGCCCAUUUGCAUGCGUUGGGUGGUACUGGUCGCGGUGCCGGCACUCGACUCCACUCAAACUCGGAUCUGCAGCAGGCCGGUACGCGUAAGGCAAUUGCACCUGCACUGCUGCAGGAUGACUCGCUCGGAAGUCUCGAUGAUAGUUCAUCGCUGGCCGUGCUCGGUGGUUCGUUAGCGUUCGAAACGCCGGAUGAUCGGGACCGAUUUUCACCCUACUUUCGGCGACGCAAUCCGCAACAAACCGUACCACAAUGGUUUCCACCUCCUCCACCACCGCCGUACCAUUAUCCGCAUCAGUACGCCCAUCAGGAACAGCGGAAUAUUUAUGAGAACUUUCCACCAACGGGCAAUCAGCAUGCGUCAAUGGAAGGGCAAGUGAACGAUGGUAAAGCAAAACCCGAGCCUUUGUCGCCAACACCGACGGCAAGAAUACGAACCAACGCUCCAACCACUACCACCUCCCACUCUUCCGGCCCACUGUCGAACGUCCAUCUAAACCGUCCGGCACCCACGCUGUACGGCAUCGAGGAGAACGAAGUGUUUCAGUACAAAGUGCCAAGCGCGUCCGGUGGCAGUGAGAAGCGACCACUACCGAGGCCACCGAUCGACUCGGACGAUGAGGGCGACCAAGGCGAAUGCAGGAUGCAGACGGAGAAAAAGAGCUCCUUAACGCGGUGUUAUCCGACAAAAUCACAACCAUCGUCACAUCCGCCACAGUUGCCCUCACAGCCGGCCGGCCAACAAAAGCUGACAGCGCAGACACCGAGCACGAAUACACCCGCGGCCGCACCCUACCGGACCGACUAUGAACUGUCCGGGUCGUACGUGUCGCUGGAGUGUCCUUCGCCGCCGGGUCCACCCGCUUGCGGACCCGAGGGCCGACGGGGCGAUCCGCAGGCUCGCCUUGCCAACUACCUGCGCACGCUGUACAACGAGCUAGCCCUAAAGGAACCGGUGCUGCCGAGCUGGGUGCAUCCGGUCGCACCCGGCGUACUCUGUCCGGCCCGGCUCGAGCCCGAGCUUCGGCUGCACAUACACUCGCACGGCCUGAAUGAGGCGAUCGGUGUCGAUCAGAUCCUAACGCCGGUGCAAACGAAAGAUGGUCCGUUCCUGGAGGCACCGCGCCGUGUGCUGGUCGAAUGUCCACCGUGGGUGACUCGGGGCGCUCUUGCACUGCGCAUACUGCACGGCUGGAGCCGUGAACCACCGUGGCCUCCGCGAGGUCAACCCGUAGCGCUGGCUCUGUUCCUACCGCUGGCCGAACUGCGCGGCACGAUUGCCAACUACAUCGGUAAGGAACUGUUGCCGCGGGGACCACCGAACCCGUUCGCGAGCGGGUUUGGCGGGUUCAGCGCGGCGUGGAACUCACUCGAGGCACUCAAGGGCAAACUGUUGAUCGUGCUGGACGGGUACGAUGUGCAGUGCAAAACGCGCAAAAGCAAAACCAUGCCAAAGGACGUGAUCGAUCUGCUGGAGGGACGUCUCUUCCCGGAAGCUCGCGUAAUACUGAUCAGCGUGACGGCGUCCUGUACCGAGCUGCUACCGCUGAUGCAGCGACAUAUCACCUUCGAGGGUCUGGUCUGGGGCCGUUCCGUGUCCCUGCUCGGCGGCGGCCAAUGGGGAGCACCAACGCGGCUCAUCGACACCGUACAAUCGUGUCGACAUCUGCGCAACAUUGCGCGGACCACACUCGGCUGUUUGGCGAUUGCGGCCAUCUACGAAUCGUCCGGCGGAGAGUUACCAACCGACGAGUUGGAUGUGAUUGCGUCAGUGUUUAACUGUGUUGCAGCCAACUCCUCCCACACCCAAGUCACCGAGCUCGGCCGAUUAGCCUUGUUCUGUUUGAAAACGAAACGCUCGACGGUGACGUCGGCCGAGUUGAAGAUGUACUGCUCCUCGCCGGAAACGAACAUCGCCGGUUGUUUGGAUCGGGCCCAACUGUUCGGCCGCACAGCCAAACGGAAGUCGGACCAGUACUACACCAUCAUCUGUCCCGGGUUGGCGGAGUUCCUCGCUGCGAACUAUAUCGUAUCGCUGGCGAACCGGCCCGGCCUGUUGGCGGCAGAAAUAGCUGGGUUAGCCGUGGGCGAUGAGGUGGAACCGGAGAUCCUGAAAGUGUUAAACUUCGCAAUGGCACUGCUCGGAGCCCGCGCUCAUCUGCUGCUGUCCAAGCUGACGCCACUCUGGCUGAGUCCGCAGACGAUCUUCUCGCUAGCGCUGGCUGGCGGUGAAACGGAAGCGAACCUGACGGCACUCUGUGAGAUGCUGGGCAUUUCCAAAUCGCCUCCAGUGCCGCCGCUCGAAGCGAAACCAAUCUGGGUGUCGAUCAAGUCAACGCUUUCCGAGCUGCAGGGUUGGGGGCUGGCGUUCAAGAGUCCGACGUGCACACUGAAGAACCUCGAGCUGGUGUACCAGAUGGAAAAGAACCUUCUGCUAGAGUCGCGCAAUGUGAUGGACAUCUUUCUGGACGCGCUGUCCAAGAACGAAAGCGUCACCACCCUGCGCAUCACGUCACUGAUCGAGAACGAGGUGCGCGAUUCGGAUAUUAACUAUCUGGCAAGUUGCAUAUCGAAAGCGCUGCUUAAACCACGACUGGAGAGCUUCGAACUGAUCCUCACACUGCUGGAGGAGGAUCCACCUAUCCUGAAGCUACAGUCCGUGGUAACGGCGCUCUGUCGUACAAUCCCGCGCCAACCGAAGCUGAGCAAUCUUUCGCUCGAUCUUGGACUCUGCACGUCCCAGCUGGUGCAGAUCUGCGCAACGCUCGAGAAGUGUCCGCACGUGACCCGGCUCUCGUUGCCCCAUUUGCGCUGUGAACGAGGCGCAGUUGGAGCGCUCGCCGCACUACUUACUGUGCGGCCACUAUCCUACCUGGGGCUUCCCUCAAGCUGGGGUGCCCGAGACGAUCCUCCAUCAUCCAGUGGGGUGAGCAUGGGUUCCGGAUCGGGCAGCAGUAGCGGUAAUUCGGGACUCAUCAAACAGUCCUCCCUGACCGGUGCUCCUUCGCCACGGUCAUAUCCGGCCGGUAUCUUCUCGUCGUUGCCGCGCGGUGUUCUCAGCUCCACCGCCAACAUGGGCCGCUCGGCUACACUGCCCCGCCAGCCGAUGGAAGGUCCACCGGACAAGCGCAGCACGGACUCGGUCAUAUCGCGCACCUGGUACCCGACACCUGCCUGCGAUGGAGGUCCGCACAAUUCCGGUACACUGCACGAACUGUUGCUGGCCGCUCGCGAUACCUAUUCCCGGCUGCACGGGUUAGAUCUGAGUAAAGCGCAACUCUCGCUCGAAGACUCAAUGUGUCUCGGCGAGACGGUUCGUGUGUCGACGACGCUACACUCGAUCAAGCUCGAGGGAGCGUCGCGGCUGAGCGAAAUCCUACCGACCGUACUGGGUGCCAGUGAAUCGCCCUGCCUGCAAAUGAUGAGCCUCGGGUCGCCUCGGAUCGCACUCGAAGAUGCCGCCGUCGGAAUGUCCGCACGUGCCUUGGGCAGCUGCAUCACGCUGCGGUUGCUCAGUCUGGACGGUUGGAGCUUCAGGAUAGAGAACGUAGGAACGCUCGCUUCCGUGCGUGGAUUCCUCUCGCUCACAUCGAUCCGCGAGCUCGGUCUCAACAAUUGCCGGCUAAACAUGUCGAUGUUUAAGAGCGACGUACCGGUACAGUCCGGUGCGUAUGAAUGCCGUUCCGUAGUCAACCUAAAGCUUGCCGGUGCACAGAUCAUCUUCUCCGAUCAUCUCUCGAUGAAGGGGCCUCACAUGUUACCAUAUCUGGUAGGAUUUGUGAAUCUACGCGAGCUGGACCUUUCCGCACCGUCGAGGACGGGUUUCGGUAGCACAAGCACGACGCCACUUAUCCUUUCCGAUAAGGACAUCGUAGGUUUCUUCAACACGCUCAACAAUCACUUCAGCCAUCUAAACACGCUGAAGAUGUGCAACUGGAUCAUCCAUCUGGACGAAGCCGCACGUACACUAAAGUCCGUCGCCAAGCUGCUCAAAUCCAGCACGCUCAGUCACAUCAAGCUGGACAGUGUCGUCGUGAUGGAUCGGCCCAAAAAGCAACGGAUCGAACCACAGUUUCUGCACGCCUUUCUGGCCAAUCUGCCCUUGUUGCGGUGGCUCGGUAUUACACUGCACGGGUUAAGCGAGGACCAGAUAACGACGCUCGGUAACUACUGUGGCGAUAUGCGCGGCAUGGAGAUUGAUGUGAGGUUAUCCGAUUCAACGAUCGAAAAUGCGCGCCUGAUGACGAGCACCCUCGGCAUGGAUGGGAAGUUUGACAUUCGCGUCUCCACGUUCGGUACCUCGAACAGCAUACUGAUACACAUCGAGAAAACUUCGACGAAAAGUUUAUCCCGUAAAUAAUAACCUGAAGCUUCGACUUCUGGUGAACCUGGCACCGGCAGUGAAGGGAGUGACUUCUGACAGAGCUAGGGAAAGAUUUACGGGUGGAUUAACUGCACGCCAACCAGAGUGGUAAGGAUCGGCACAAUCCUGGUCGGACCUGGUGAACCUGGCAGUCACUGCCCGGUUGCCUUUCUGGAUCUUUGACUUUGAAGAGAAAGCUCAACCCCCUAAAGAACUGUUUGUAUGGCUGCUCCUGUAUUUCAUCUGGGGGGACGUUUUUAUAUAUAAAUCGCUCUCAACGUAUAUCUGUCUGUCAUCUUCUCUUGUACACUGUCGUAACUAUUGCUCUAUCUUUCUCUUUCUCUCUCUCUCUGUCUCUCUGUCUCUUGCUGUUAAUAUUUGCCCGGUUUUGCGUAGCGUAAGGAUCGUGUUGCUGCUAGGUGUGUAGUAGAUGUGUUAAGGCUUAUCGAAACACGUGUUUCCCCCAUUUUACUGUUACGGUUUAAGACAAACGUAUCGAAACCGACCAUCGGGGUCACACAUUGCACUGAUUAGAAGCAAAAGCCCGCAAAAGUUGUUUUAGAAGUACGAGUGCGAGUGUGAUGAUGACUAAUGCUGCUAAUGAUAAAAGAGAAGCUGCACAAGAAAAUUGUAAAUAGAUAAUCAGAAAAAACCGUAAUCAAACUUAUCACACCGUACACAACUCAAGCUGUUGAGCUUUCAAGCCGAAUUCAUAACGUUCUGUUAGUAAUACCGUUUUUUGUGUAAGCUCUAUAUAGUUUACAGGAAAAUUCCAUUUCAUAAUUAAAUUCUUUCUUUCGAUCCUGUUCGAUGCAGAAAAAAGGAACGUUGCUCUUUAUCGAUAGGAAAUCAAACAAAAAAAAAUCGAAAGCGAUAAACAAAUUUAUCAACCAUCUCCACGGUGUAUAUUUUUAAUUAAUUAUUUCUGGUGCGCAAGCCACGUGUACCUAUCCGCGCACUUGCUUGCCUGAAACGGUUUCUCUUUUCACAACGCUUUAGAGCUUUAGCAACAAAAAUGUUUUUUCUCUAUCGGUAAAUUUUCAUUGUAAGCAGCAAACAAAACAAAACAAAAAACAAAUAAAUUCAAUAGAAAAAAGGGGAAAUUUCAACUCUAGCGUGGAAAACACGGCACGAUAAAGUACCAAAAAGAAGAGACACAGGGAGAGAUAAUAAGGCGCCAAACAAGCGCAACACAACAGCAGUAGUAGAAAGAAGACAAUAUUGAUCAUGACGAUGACGAUGACGAUGUGUUGAAAAUAUGAAUAUAAAAUAUUCAUUUAUUUUAUGUUUUUUGUUACUAUUUAUAUACAAUAACAACCACAACAAAUCAUGCGAGGGAGAGAGAAAGGAAAAAAUAAUACAAAAUACAGUAGAAUUAAGAGUGAGUAAUAUUGUAUUUGUGGCUUGUUGCUGUUUAUUAAUGUCCUUUUCAUCCCUUGUGUGUAACGUACACUUCCUGCCCUGGGUAGCCCUGGGAAAGGGAAAACGGACGAAGUGGUUUGAGUAAAAAGUAGAUGAAUAAAACACAGAAACACUAGAUAGGCUUACGUUAGGAAAUUGUAAAUGCUUCCCGCAAACGAGAUGGGAAAGGGGUAAGGUGGGAUCGUCCUACUGAGGAUGGGGAACUGGAUUUCCUUCCCAAAAGAAAUUCGGCGCUUCCUUCAACCAUUUGUACAUUAGGGAUGAUUCAACUAUAUUACUGUAACGCAAACAGUUUUAACAGGACCUGCUCGUUUGAAAAUUACACAUGAAUUUUGCUUUAUAUUUAUACAUGAAAAAUAAUUACUUUUGAAAUAAAAACUUAUAAAAUGUUUGUUGACAUUUAAAACCUAUAAAAAUCAUUACCGUUCCGCGGUCAGUCCGGCUAGACGAAAAACACAAACCGCCAGUUGCAUCAUUCGAAAACAACAAGAGAGCAUCCCACGAAGAGGUUGUCGAUCUUUGUCGCAAGCGACCGGAAAAAACAACCAAAAAUGAUUGUUCAACACCAAGAGAGCAUCCAUUGAAGGAGGUAGCACUUACUGGUAAAAACCAAUACAGUGAAUUGUAUACCUUUUAGGCGCAAAGUGUUACUUUUAAUUGCACAAUGGUUGUCCCACAUGAUAGUUAAGGUCAUAUUACGCAGUUCUUCAAAUUGCAUACUGAUAGGCGCAAAAGCGUUACUUUUUGUUAAGUAAAAGAAACGCUUUUUGCGCCUAAAGGGUAUGCAAAUGGUUGGUUUGUACCAGUGAUUGUUACCUCCUCCAAUGGAUGCUCUCUUGGUGUCGAAACAUCAUUUUUGGAUGUUUUUUACCGGACGAUCAUGAGGAAAUUUACGAAGCGAAACAAACGAACAAUAUUUACUUUCCAUCCUGCUUACUCACCGGACGUGUGUUGAUCACGUGUUUCGUAGCUUUUUUCACGCAUGCAUUCAGAGUGGUUUAAGUAUCUAAUUUUAUGUUACUUAACAUAAAUUCCAGUGUUACGCAAUAGUUGAAUGAUCCCUUAGCGUUUUAUCCGUUUGUGUAACAACGAGACAGUUUCAUGUUGAUGUUUAAUCCACCGGGAAGAAUGCGUAUAUAGAUUUAAUGAUAAGACAAAGUUAGCUAUUAUCGCCUCCAACUACAAGGCUGCAGAUAGAGCGACAGAUAGAGAGAGAGUGAGAGAGAAAGAAAAAGAAAGCGAAUGAUAGGAGGCAUGAUGGAGUGUGUUAAAGUGCAUAUUAUAUGAACGUUGUAUGUUAAGAAAAAAAAGGAGGAUCAUAUUUUAAGUCAUCGUAGAAAGUAUUCUAAACUAGCGAAAGGACACGCGCGCGCGUGUUUGUUUAUUUGCUAAGACACGAAUGUGGCAGAUAAAAAUUUAAACUUACAGUUGUACAGCGAACGGUAGGUGGAACCGAUAACCGUAAAGAAUGCGUUGUCUUUUGAAAGUAUUAUUUAUCUCCUUUGAUGCCUAAAGUUGCGAUUGAUGCCGAUAGUUUAUAUUAGAAUGCCUCGUUCUUCUUCAUGUAUGUUAACGACGCGCUUGUUUAUUUUUUGAUAAAGGUCAGUAGGGAGAGGCUACAAUAGCAAAGCAGAUGAUUUCCUAUGGGUUAUAGAAGAAAGGGGGAUUUAGUUCGCACUUGUAUAGCUCUAUUUUUACACCUGUGUGGUUUGGUUGCAAGGAAAUCACACAAAAAAUGAACAUCUGCCUUGCAAAUCGUUUUGUCAAGCAACGGUCUAACUGUGUAAUGUGUAAUUUGGUCUAAAAUACAAUAAUAAACAUGUUUAGGAGGUAAUGGAAUUCCACAACCCAUACAACCACACAUACCACAGCUAAUGAUCAUGUCCUUACAAUCAUUGUGCAUUUCUCCAGCGUUUUCUCCAUACCAGUGUCCAUACCAAAGCAGUGAAACCAGUUAAUUUUCCUUUUUACAAUCCCCAACCACACUAAUUGACCGAUACCGGAAGGAUAAAGCAUACAUAAAAUGGAAACGCAGCAUGUCAAUGUGAUUCAUUAUAACUGCAUUCAACACUUACUAUCACUGAGGAGCAGCAUCUAAGUGUUUUUAAAACUUAUAUUGGAGCAAGCUAAAGACUCACUCACUCACUCACUUGCAAUGGUUUAGAGCACUGUUGUUGAAACGAAGUAAAGGAAGAAACAGAAACACAAAUAGCUGUAUGAAAAUAUUUUUCAUGACCCCAAAAGAGGCAGGACGAUACGUCGUCAACUCACAUACUCGUUAAAUAUUACUCGCGACUGAUGGAGGACAAACCUGGAUGAUCUAGCUAAAACAACUCGUAAACCAAUGUAACAACUAUAACCAGAAGACAAACAGCCUGUGCACGUGGUGCGCUGUUGUUUGUGUGUCAAAACUGAUUUUAAAAUAAUGUAAAACAAAAACAAGAAAACGAUUAACAUACGCAACCGACCGCAUUGUAGCACAGCAGGGUGUAAGCGAUUAAGCGAUCGGAUCGUAACGAUGUGCUAAAUGCAAUCCCUUCUUCUGUAAGGGCUCGAUGCUCGAUCUGUUUCGAUUAGUAGUUCUGGGGACAGCAAAAAAAAGAGAACCGGAUUAAGAAGUGUUUGUGUGUGUGUGUAAGCGUGUGUGUGUGUAUCUAGUUGGAAAUUGGGGAACGAACGUUAGGGGGCGAAAAAGAAGGAAUAAACAUCAUCGGAAAUCAAAAUUGUAAUGUUACCAUA